CAGGGGCAACAACAUGGCUGCGCCCAUGUGCACGCUGGGGACGCGGUUCUGACACGGUUCUAGUCCUGCCCGGUGGUGUGGGGAGUCGGGCUGCGCCGUGUCCGUGCAGCCUCCCCCUAUCGCCACCCCUGCAUGGAGCCGCGGGAGUCCUGGGCGGCCUUGGCGGCUGGUGGUGUUGCUGGCGUCUGCGUUGAUUUGAUCCUUUUUCCACUGGAUACUGUAAAAACAAGACUGCAGAGUCCCCAAGGAUUUAGGAAGGCUGGUGGUUUUCGUGGCAUCUAUGCUGGUGUUCCUUCCACUGCUAUAGGAUCCUUUCCAAAUGCUGCUGCUUUUUUUAUCACCUAUGAGAAUGUGAAAUCCCUGUUGCACCAUGACUCUACAUCUUACUUGACUCCAGCAGCACACAUGGUGGCUGCCUCCCUGGGGGAAGUGGUCGCAUGUCUCAUACGGGUUCCAUCUGAGGUUGUCAAGCAAAGGGCCCAGGUUUCUCCUUCCUCGAGCACCCUCCGGAUUCUCUCCCACACUUUGUAUCAUGAGGGUAUUCAAGGACUUUAUCGGGGUUAUAAAAGCACAGUAUUAAGAGAGAUUCCUUUCUCUCUGGUACAAUUUCCCCUCUGGGAGUCCUUAAAGGAUCUCUGGUCAUGGAAGCAGGGUCACGUGGUGGAUUCUUGGCAGUCAGCAGUCUGUGGAGCUUUUGCAGGUGGAUUUGCAGCUGCAGUUACCACACCUCUCGAUGUAGCGAAGACGAGAAUUAUGUUGGCAAAGGCUGGUUCCAGCAACGCUAGAGGGAAUGUUCUGGCCGCCCUCGGUAGCAUCUGGAGGACACAAGGCCUGUCGGGCUUGUUCGCAGGUGUGGUCCCACGGAUGGCAGCCAUCAGCCUGGGAGGCUUCAUCUUCCUGGGGACAUACGAGAAGACUCGCCAGCUGCUGCUCUGACCCGGUCCCACCGGUGGCCACCGAAGAGCUGGAGAAGUCACUGAGCUGGAGGAGGAGGAGUCCGGCCGGGGACGCAGCCUUCCUCCCGCCGCCCCUCGCCCUGCGGAGCAGCUGCUCGCCGGCUGAGAGCCCCUUGCGCUGUUAAAAGUAAAAGUAAAUCCUCCAAUAAUCCAAUUUCCCAAACAUGAAAUUUUCCUGCAUGGAAAGUGAGUGAGGUCACCCCGAGAGUCGUGCCAAAAAAGUAAUGUUUGGGGGGUAAACAGCUAAUUACGGUGGCUGAGAAAGGCGUUAUUAGAAACUCCUGCAGGGGAAAUGUUGUGCAAACCUCCAGCUCGUGGGCCGAGCGGGGAGGCUGAAAUAAAGUGAGUUUUCAUAA